GAUAUACAUCGCUGCACAGUAAUGCCAUUUUCUGAUAUCUUAAAGUACAAACUCGCCAACAUAAUUAAAACAGCAAAUUAACAAGUUUGCAAUGGCAACAUCAGAUCCAUUUGCCAGAGCACAAGAUGUCAAACGCUGUCAGUUAUGUCCCGGCAAACAGAGAAAGUCUGCAGCAGAAAUCGUGUGUAACACCUGCCACGUCAACCUCUGUAAACACUGUGUAGGACAUCACAUGAUCACAAAUCCCAACAUACGCCACGAUGUUAUCACUUUUCAUUUCAAAAUCUUAGAAAUCAUUCCACCCCAGUGUAAAUUACACCAAGAACAGAACUGCGAAAUGUUCAGUGAAAAAUGUGAUUCCCCAAUUUGUCAGAAAUGUCUUGCCUCUGGAUCUCAUGAAAACCACGAUAUGUCAAAGACUUCAGAAAUUCACAGUUUUAAAAAACAGCUGAUAGAAAAAGACACAAACGAACUUAGAAGUAAGAUUGCACCUGUGUUCGAAUCCAUUCUCUCUGAAAUAGAGGAAAUGUUGUCAAAUGUUCUCCAAAAACAUGGAGAAAGACAAAAAUUCAUUACUGAAUUCGGCAAAAGAUGUCAUACACUUAUAGACAUUGUUAUCAACAGAUAUUUAUGUGAUUCAAAGAAGACAGCAAAACAAGAUGAUGACGCCAUUCAAACUUUGCAAUCCGAGUUCGAAAAAUUACAAUCAACAAUACAAUCAGCUAUACAUGAAAACCAUUCUAUCCAGGCUUCCAACGAUUUAGCCAAAUUUACCAGUUAUGCUUCAAGAAACAAGGAAUUAAGGAAUAUUCCCCCUAGAUUUGAAUUAACAGUCCCACCAUUGGAUCUCAGAGAACUAACAGAAGAGGCACUGUGUCAGAUUAUUGGAGCCAUUGCUCCCUCAAUAAAGUCGAUCAUUCCAGGGCAUAUCCUGCAAGUCAUUCCCCCAGUCUCCAGUUUCAAUGAACCAAACAGAAAAGUAUUAGAGAAGCCUCAAGUAUUAACAGCUCUCAAUACUGGUUAUAGAAAGACUUACAAAGUAUGCUGUAUUCCUAACACAGAUGAGUUCUAUGUCUGUGGUGACAAUAACAUCAUCAGACUCAUGAACACCAAGGGGACAACAAUGGAGGAGAUCGUCACCGAGUCAGGAAAUACUCCAUAUGAUCUGACGGUCACCAGAGAGGGACAUUUGGUGUACUCUGACUUGAAGGAUAGAAGUAUCAACAGACAGAAGAAUGGCAAGAUAGAAUGUCUGAUAAAACGAGAGGGCUGGAUACCACGAGCCAUCUGUCGCAUCUCCACACACGACGUACUAGUUAUCAUGACGACUGAUGAUCGCAAAGAAAGUGAAAUAGUCCGUUACUGUACUUCUACAACUACAAGGACACAAUACAACGACAACGGCAAACCUGUAUAUUUUGAUCCAGACUAUGUUACCGAGAACAAGAACCUUGAUUUUGUUGUCAGUAAUUAUAAUACAAAGACAGUAAUGGCAGUAGAUAAGAAAGGCAAAUUCAGGUUCAGCUAUAAUGGAAAUUUAAAGAAAUCAUUUACUCCACGUGGUGUGACCACAGACAACAUGUGCAACAUCCUGAUUGCUGACCGUGAUAACCAUGUUAUACAUAUCAUUGAUCAGAACGGACAGUUCCUCCGGUACAUAGACAACUGUAACUUACACCGACCAUAUGAUCUCAGUACCGACAGCAAUGACAUGUUGUUUGUUACUGAAAGUGAAUCUGGCAUUGUGAAACAAAUUAGGUAUUUAGAAUAAAAAUUCAAUUUUAAACUAAUCUCAUAGAAGAAUAGAAUAUCCAAUGUAAAUUGUGCUAUAAUACUAUAAAUCACUGUGUGUCAAUUGAAACUAUCAUUCAAGGGAUUGUAAAUAAAGAUUUAAAUUUGAUG